AUGUAUAAACUUGUGCGAAGAAUAUUACAAUUGAAUAUUCUGCCUGCGGAGCAGUAUCGUUCCGCUUCCGCCUGGGUGAACAGAGCACGUGCCGACCCUGAAUCAGGUAAAACAGUGGACGCUGAAAAACUUUUCAUCAAUCCUGAAGUUCAGCGACUCCUCACUGAAUUAACUGGUAUGGACCUUGAGCAAAAGGUCUUCAAAACGAGGAGGACUGGAAUUCAGCAACGGUCACAUUAUGCUUUGAUGACAGAUGAAAGACUCGAAAAAACCAUGGACAAAAUGAGAGAAGAGGCGCAACGAUUCUUGAGUCUGGUUCCUUUGAAGGAGCCACGAUCGGAAGAGGUAACUGUCCUCUCAAGAGACCCUGAAAUCGAAGGCUUCGAUAACUCCAAGUUCGUGUUUACUGACAUCACGUUCGACGCUACUGAUCAGGUCUUCAAAACGAGGAGGACUGGAAUUCAGCAACGGUCACAUUAUGCUUUGAUGACAGAUGAAAGACUCGAAAAAAACGCUCUCGACAAGAGGGAACAUGAGUUUGUUCUCGAUUGGGCUUGCUGGUUUUAUGAGCCUGAUGAUCCGGCGUAUAUCCAAUUGGUUCUGCGUGUUUUUGAUCGUUUGGUGGAAGCAGGCGACUUCGAUGUCCUACAUUCAACACGUCACUUUGGAACAUUAGUGUUUUACCUAGCUCUAAAUGGAAACAUUCCACCGUUGCUAAACUUUUUUGGUGGCGGGAGCAGGGUAAAGCUUAUUUGUUGGCACAGUCCUUUUUUGUCGAUCACUCAGAAUAAGGACAGCUCAUACGUGCGCUCAAUGCACGAAUGGAAGCAGUUCUCCUUCAACUUCAGCGACUGCGCGAGGCUGGUGCGAUUACAGAAGAUCUUACAUCCAGAUUGGCGAUUCGCUAUUAAUAGCUCUGACAGUGAUUUGAAGAUUGUUACGGACUUUGUGAAAGAGAAUAGUAGAUACCGCGAACAGCUGAAAGACCUGAAUGCAUUCCUCAAGGAUGGCACUGUUAUACCAUCUACAUCGCAAAAUGAUGAAGAAGUGCUGGUGAAUUCGGAAGAUGAAACCGCGAAAGAAAACCAGUCAGGGACUCGGCAAGAGCGUCGUGGACGCUUUAGACGGCAACAGUCCAAACCGACAACUCCGAAGCCUGAUGAUUACUUUUCGAACAAUUUCAGAGUUGUUUUUAUCUUGUUAAUAGUUUUUAGUAGUGUAGAAGCAUAG